AUACCUGCGGUGUUGUACAAUACAAUUUACGAUCAUUCGUGCUUCCCCAAUCCCCACAGAUAUCCCAAGAUACCGGAGAUCGGGAAAGAGGACAGGACAGAACAUCCUGACAGUCGUUCAACAACCAUAACACAGAAUCUUCUGAGAAGAUACCCAUAGGCACUCGCUCUACCAUGGCCGCCCCUCUCACAGAAAGCCAGCUCGCCAUCGUCAAGGCGACGGCGCCGGUCCUCAAGGAACACGGCGUCACCAUUACUACUGUGUUUUACAACAAUAUGCUCCGGGAAAAUCCCGAGCUUCACAACAUCUUCAGCACCACGAGCCAGACAACCGGCCGGCAGCCGCGGGCUCUCGCCGGUGCCGUCCUCGGCUAUGCCACAUACAUCGACGACCUGGCCAAGCUGACGCACGCCGUCGAGCGCAUCGCCCACAAGCACGUCUCGCUCCAGGUCACUCCGGCGCAGUACGACAUCGUUGGCAAGUACCUGAUCCAGGCCAUCGGGCAGGUCCUCGGCGAUGCCGCCACGCCCGACAUCGUCGACGCCUGGGUUGCCGCGUACGGCGUCCUCGCCAAGGUGUUCAUCAACCGCGAGGCCGAGAUGUAUAAGGAGGCGGCGGCGCACAACUGGGUGGGAUGGCGCAAGUUCCGCAUCGUGCGCAAGGUGCCCGAGAGCAGCGUCAUCACGAGCUUCUACCUCGCGCCCAGCGACGGCCAGACCCCGCUGCCCAAGUUCCUCCCGGGCCAGUAUGUCAGCCUGCAGGUGCCCGUGCCGGAGCUGGGCUACCUGCAGAGCAGGCAGUACAGCCUGAGCGAGGCCCCGACCGAGCAGCUCGAGUACUACCGGAUCAGCGUCAAGAAGGAGGACAGCCCAGAGACGGGCAUCCCGGGCCUCAUCUCCAACAUGCUGCACGCCCAGUACAACGUCGGCGACGAGGUCGAGUUGUCGCAUCCGCAGGGCGAGUUCUUCGUCGACCCCAGCGACGUGAGUAAGGAGGGCGUUCCUGCGGUGCUGAUCUCGGCCGGCGUCGGAGCCACGCCGCUCAAGUCCAUCCUCGACAGCUUGACCACCGCGCCGGGCCGCCAGCCACCAGCGGUCAAGCGGCCGGUCUCAUGGAUCCACUCGUCGCGCUCGAGCGCGAUGCAGCCCUUCGGCGAUGCUGUCCGCCAGAUCUGCCGGGAGAACAAGAACGUCAAGGCCAAUGUCUUCCUUCGCAACCUCGGACCCGAGGACCGCGCGGGCGAGCACUACGAAUUUGGUGACAUGCGCCUCGACCUGGCCAAGCUGGACAAGGAGGCCGAUCUCUUCAUCAGCAAUCCCCGGGCCGAGUAUUUCAUCUGCGGCCCGGAGACUUUCAUGAUCGAUGUUCGGCACACCUUGAUGGGUAUGGGCGUUGACAAGAGCCGGAUCUUCCUCGAGCUGUUCGCGACUGGUGACGUCCCGGAUGACGCCUGAAAGAAGAGAACCCAGCUGGAGUGGGUGAUUAGCGUGUUGGAUAAAGAAGAGAACUGGGACAUCGGCCGGAAGGGGUUAUGGACGUUAGAACAUACUUUUUGCAGCAACGGCACAUUGGACCAUAUCUAUGCAAAGCUGGCCUGUUCGUGGGCAACAUGGCGAUUCGAAUAAGUAGAUAUCGACAGGCCGGCCACCUUCAAGCCUGGUUGUCGCCAGUCCACCGCCUUAUAUAUGCUUUCUUCAGAUUUUGACUCAGCACAUUCCACGUUGCCGCCCACAUUGGCUCAGGC